CCUCUCUUGGAGUCCGCGGAGGGAGAGCCGGCUCGAAGAGCUCCCGGAGACAGAGGCCCUGCCCUUGUCAGACGUCGCAGACAUGUCCGAACAAAGUAAGGACCUGAGCGACCCCAACUUUGCAGCGGAGGCCCCCAACUCUGAGAUGCACAGCAGCCCUAGGGUUCCGGUAGGGGUCCUUCCUCCCGCCUCUCCCCCCGCGACCCUCGCAGGGCCACCGAGCCCUCCUGUAGGCCCGACGGCCUCUCCUCAGGCCGCGCUGCCGCCCCAGGCCCUGAGCGAAGAGGAGGACCCGAAGAUCCUGCAACAGGCCGCAGAGGAGGGUCGCGUCUACCACCCCCCUGAACCUGCCCAGCCGCUCCCACCGCCGCCGGCCCCUGCUCAGCUAGUGCAGAAGGCUCACGAGCUCAUGUGGUACGUGCUGGUCAAGGACCAGAAGAAAAUGAUCAUCUGGUUUCCAGACAUGGUGAAGGAUGUCAUCGGCAGCUACAAGAAAUGGUGCAGAAGCAUCCUCAGGCGCACCAGCCUCAUCCUUGCCAGAGUUUUCGGGCUGCACCUGAGGCUGACCAGUCUCCACACGAUGGAGUUUGCGCUGGUCAAAGCACUCAACCCCGAGGAGCUGGACAGGGUGGCGCUGAACAACCGCAUGCCCAUGACAGGCCUCCUGCUCAUGAUCCUGAGCCUCAUCUAUGUGAAAGGUCGUGGUGCCAGAGAGAGCGCCGUCUGGAACGUGCUGCGCAUCCUGGGGCUGAGGCCCUGGAAGAAGCACUCCACCUUCGGGGAUGUGAGAAAGCUUAUCACUGAGGAGUUCGUCCAGCAGAAUUACCUGAAGUACCAGCGCGUUCCCUUCGUUGAGCCUCCUGAGUACGAGUUCUUCUGGGGCUCCCGAGCCAGCCGCGAAAUCACCAAGAUGCAAAUCAUGGAGUUCCUGGCCAGGGUCUUUAAGAAAGACCCCCAGGCCUGGCCUUCCAGAUACAGAGAGGCUCUGGAGGAAGCCAGAGCUCUGCGGGAGGCUAAUCCCAGUGCCCACUGCCCCCGCAGCAGUGUCUCUGAGGACUAGAAAGGUCUGGAGGCAGAUUAAUGGUUUCUGACCAUCACCAGGGCUGUGGAAGGGUGGGGGUGAGUCAGUCAUUAGAGUAUUCAGGAUUUACAGUGCAGUAUUUCACGUGUAACUUUUAAGUUUUCAGUACAGUGCUUUUAUACCUUUUAAUGCAAUGUUGUAUUCAUUUGGGUACUAUUGAGUAGUGUUUAGAAUUUAUGCAUGUUUGUUUAUAAGUAAGCUCAGUUGGUGCUUUCGCUUUUGUGCUCUUUCUUGGAUUUUUUUUGUACCAGAGAUGUGCUAAACUUAUGAAAUACAUUGAAAAAAAUUUCCAUCUUAUUCUUUUAUAUGGGACCGAUGAUGUGUGUUGGAGUGGACUGUACCUGGACAUUUGGGAAGAACUCACCAGCAAAGCUGGCCUAACCAAGAGAAGUCAAGGGCCCUCUCUGUAUGACCUUGCUGGGCACAGUGUGGAAUGAACUGAUUUGAACUGAAACGGUCUCAAUGUGGGCACUUGGCACACUUUAUUAAACACAUAUACACCCCUACCAUGAAUAAACUUUAAUGUAAACAUUAAAGAUUCUUGUGAUACAA